AUGAAAGAUGGAACCUUUUCUGAUGAUGCAACAAAAGAAGACCGAUCGGUUCUAAGGAAAAUGGCUUUGAAGUAUGUCCUAGUCGAUGGUGAACUGUAUUGGAAGGCCUGGAAUGGAAUGCUUCUAAGAUGUGUAGGCAUGAAGGAAGGAGAAGAGAUAAUGAAGAAGAUCUAUGAUGGAGUCUUUGGUACUCAUUUGAGUGGCAUUAGUUUGGCCAGAAAGAUUAUGAGAUGGAUUGAAGCUCAGUCCUACAAAAUCUUGACUGCCAAACAGGUGGCUAGAUUUAUUGAGCAGAACAUUUUCUGUCGCUAUAGUGUUUCUUAUCACAUAGUUACAGACAAUGGUUCUCACUUCCAAGCAGUCGUCAGUCAGUUAUUAUACAGAUAUAAGGUUGAGCAUCACCAUUCUUCUCCUUAUCAGCCUCAAGCUAACGAUGCAGUGGAAGUCGCCAAUAAGGAGAUUAAGAGAAUUCUGUCCAAAAUGUGCGAGAAGUAUAGAAGCUGGAAAUCUUAUGGAAAGAAGAAGUCUCUCAGGGUUCUUGUGGAAGCUGCUCUGAUCAAGGAAGAAUGGGUCCAAGAAAAGGAUCAGAUGAGAAAGAGAAGAAUUGCUCGUUUCUACAAUCAGCGGGAACAUCCAAGGGCGUUGAAAAAUGGAGAUUUAGUGUUAGUCAGAUUGUUAGACCAUGAAUCCCAGAGUCAUCCAGGAGGGAAAUUCAGACCCAACUGGCAUGGACCGUUCAGAAUUCAGAAACUAUUAGCCAAAGGUGUCGCUGAAUUGGUCACUAUAGAAGGGAAGCCUUUUAAUCGGAUCGUUAAUCAAGAUUAG